CCCCCGAACCAAACAAAAAAAAACCCCGAACCCGGAAGCGAUCCAUGGCGGCGGCGGGCUGGCUCAGGCGAGCGGCAUCAGCGGUAGCGUUGCCUCGCCUGCCUUCCGGAUCCUCCAUCAUGCCAUCCCCUCCACCCGCUCCUCUCCCGGAGGCCCAGUCACUCGUGCUCCCCGGACAUGGCGCCGCCAUCGCCCCCGCUAUGGAACUCAUGGCCGUCCCCAAGAAGAAGAUCUCAAAAUAUAAGAGAGGUUUGAGAAAUGGGCCCAAAGCCCUGAAGCCUGUUCCAGUGAUUGUUCGUUGCAGGUGCUGCGGUCGAGUGAAGCUGCCCCACUUCUACUGUUGCAGCGGAGAAAGAGGGAACACCGGUGACUCAAGCUCAUAAACGCUAUGUCCUCAAUAACUUCAGUUUGCGCAUCAAGCCGUGGCUGAACUUCAUAGUACAAUGGAAAUCCCCAGAUCUCAGUUUGUAUUCUGCUGUUGUUCUCUCCACGAACAGUAAUCGGUGGACUUUAGUCUGAAUUCCACAGUUCCAUGGCAAACUUAGUGCUGGUCUUGCCAUGAGCGGUGCUUUCUGAGAUUGGCCUAUGGUGGUAUCUAUCAGUAAGACACACCGUUCCAAUCAAAAUAGAAAGAAAAAAAGUACCAUGUCUUUGUUUUGAUCAUCAGAAGCUGAUACAAUCUCACUGUGGGAACAUUAGGCACUUGUACGGUUUCC